AUGCAUUUCCUCAACAUUCACAACAGAUCCAACCACGAACAGACUUUCCAGUGUCAUGGUUACAAUGGAAAUCAGGAUCUAAAGAUCAAAGCCAAUGGACAAGCCAAGCUUGAGGCCCCCGAUGGCUCUUCUGGAGCCAUCAUCGCCGUCCAUGAGGGUGCCAUCGGCGAGCAAUGUGAGAUAACCAAGCACGGCUGGAUGGGAAACGACACCAUCGAUAUUAGCAACAUCUGCGGCGCUGGUGGCAACAUGACUUGCCAACAGGUCGGUGACCCAGCUGGGAAAUUCAAAGGCCACGAGACCUUCAUGCAGGCUUGCAAUACGGCCUACCACAAGCUCUCUCAGGAUAAGAAGAACCAGCUUAAAGGUCAUGUCUUCCUCGAUGGUAAUGGCAACGUCAAACGCAUCGGGGCUCCGAAGGACUUCCAGCCGCUAGAAGAGUUCGUGAGGACCUUUGCCAACGGCCGAACUUAUAUCGGUGUUGGCGCAUGGGGCCCCAGCAAUGGCAACCCUGCCGAUAAUGAGCAGAGCAAGGCCGGCAAAGGCAGCAAAGAUAUUCUAAUUGUUUAUAGUGAUCAUAACGCUGCCCCUGACCCUACAAAGCCAUUCACCGGCCAGUCCGUUGAAGCGGCCGCCUUUGUAUCGUUUGCCGCAGCCCCUGAAGGAUUAGCUGAACAGUCCAUAACCGCCAGCUCCUCCGGCCCGGGGAUUCUCCUAACCAAUCACUCCAGCAAAACGCACAAAUACUUUUUCUACGAAAACUACUGGAACGGCGACGGCAAGGCUGGCGCUAACUUCGACCACCCGCUGACGAACGUCGAAGUGGGGCCAAACCGAACCGUCCACGUGCCCCUGAAGCUCGAGUUCAAGGGCCGCGUGCAGCGCGGAGACCAGCAGCCCGCGACGUGGGGCGAGUUCCAAGUCAAAGCCGCCGACGACGGGCGUGCGCACGGCGACAUCUCGAUUCAGCAGGGAUGCGACGGCGCUGCUACCGUCGCUUCGACGGACGGUACUAACGUGUCGAACGGGUUUACCCAGGACAUCCUUAAAGACGCGCCGGCGGCUGCGCUCGACAAGAAGCCUAGCGGCGAGAAGACCCUUGCUAGCACCGAGGGCAACUGGAAGGGCCCGGGAAACCAGGCUGCUAUCGAUUGGGCGUACAAGAAGCUUGGACAUGGGAAGGCUUACAUUAAGGGGGGGAGUGGAGUGCCGGAUGUGGCCAAACGAUCAUACGCUGUCGAGGCUGCCUUAUUAUCCCCAUUUUGCAACGAUGAGAACUAUCUCGUUUUGUUCAAUGCCUUUGUCAAUUUGAUUGCAGCCGAUUCAAUCGGAAGCAGUAUUCCGGACAUCAACGUUUUAGAUUCCUUUAGCAUUAUGCUACAAUCAACUCAGAUCGAGCAUAUUGGAAAGAAGCUCCCUCUUGGAUAUGCUAUUCAGUCCCUUACGAACCGGCUCACGACAGCUUGUUCGGCAGCUAAUGAUAUGGCCCAAUAUGAAUUACUGCGCACGUUGUCGACGAUUUUAGAUGUCAUGAACGAAGUUAAAUUCGAAGGCAUCAGCGACACCCAAAUAAUGCAGCCCCUAUUCGACCUGCUAGAAAAUGCGAUCAGACACCCCGAAUUGCGUCUUUCUCAGGCAGCGCGAUAUGCAAAACAGGCCUUGCGCGGCAUCCACAGCGAUGUUAGCCCGUGGGAAAAACUCGGAAAGAGUGCAUGGAACGUAAUCAGAGGCGGCGCCACAAUUGCUGGCUCCGUCGGAACCUUGGAUCCCAACAAAUUACUGGAAGGCUUGGAAGCACUAGGCGAAGUAGCGAACAUGGUAAAGCUGAUCACAGACAUCAUUGAUGAGCUCAAUAACAUAAACGACAUGAAUAAGGAUAUUCAAAACCUAAGCCCAAGGGGAUGGUAUGUAGCGCUUCGCUAUACGGACUUGGUAAUACAGGGACGAAGGGACGCCCUCCUUGGAUCUUUACUUAAGAACCUUAAACCGUCAUUGGGGAAAGACGAAAACUUUUUAUGCGGGCUCUGUGCACUUCUAGAACAGGCCAUCCACGAUAAAUCAGAUAGCAAAACCAUUAAAGUCCUAAGGGAGUUCUUGACCGACCAACGCGCCAUAUCCAAGUCUAGGCGCGUUCGCGAAUGGGUCAAUUUGAUAGUUGGGCCUGCGAAGCCAACGAAACCCUCUAGGACCAACCGACUGCUCUCUAUACUUAAGAAACUGUUCUCUAGACUACACCGCUCACGGGAACACUCUAAUACUGUGGAAUACCAGAAAGUGCCAUCCCAAAUACCAGGAAAUGUGCUGCUGGAGAAGGCAUGGCCUAUUUGCCAUGAAGCUAAGGUAUUCUACGCUGAUCAAAUCAUACGAUACUACUAUACCAAUGAGGAACUCGGGCGGCUCAAUAUCGAACGACUUGGUAAUAACGAGAGGUUGCCUAUGGACAAGUGCUACAUCAACUUAGCCAUUGUGCAACACGAGGAGAAUGAAAAUAAAAGUAUUGAACCGUCUUCAUUGCCAUUCCAUCGCCGCCUAGCCAUUUGGGAACCAGAGGAGUCGGAUCGUGUCUCGCUAGAGGACCUCUUCAGGCCGAAAAAGGACGCCGAGAAAGAAAAUCCAGUUGACUACCAACGUGUGCUCAUUCGUGGGCAGGCUGGGGUGGGCAAGAGCACUCUUUGCAAGAAGAUCGUUUAUGACCACAUUUACAACGACAUGUGGUCUGAAAUCAUUAAUCGAAUCAUCUGGUUACCUUUACGUCAACUUAAAGGCCAAGACAUACAGAAGUAUAACAUUCAACGUCUCUUAUCCGAGCGUUAUUUCAGUAAUAACCCGCAGGAUAAGGAGCUUCUUGCUGAGGCACUCUAUGAUGAAAUAUCCAAAGAGGGGAGCAGGACCCUCUUUAUUCUUGAUGGUUUAGACGAAGUAUUACAAGAAAUAUCUUCGGGAGAGUCCGAAUUGCUACUAUCACUUCUGCAUCAGCCUCGUGUUAUUAUUACCACGCGACCUUACGCUGUUCGCCAAACCGCGAUUGGAAAUAUUGAUCGGGAAUUUGAGACUGUUGGAUUCUAUGCUGGGCAAGUGGGACAGUACAUCGAAGCCGUGGCUUCGAAUAAUGCCAAAACGAUCCAGUCUUUUCUAAGCAGCCACCCAACAGUUGAAGAGCUGGCAAGAAUCCCAAUACAGCUCGAUGCCUUCUGUUAUAGCUUCGAAAAAGGAGCUUUGGAUGAAGGCGAAAGACCGCAAACUAUGACCCAACUCUAUAAUGCCACCGAAAGUAUUAUAUGGAAGAAGGAUGUGGUUAGGUUAGAAAGGAGAUUCCAAGACCGCCUUGAGACGAUUACCAAGGAGGUGGCCUUGCAGCUAACUUUGAGGGAAACUCGGGAUUUGAUCCAAGGGGAAGUCAACGCGCUACAGGCCCUUGCAUUUGAUGCAAUGAAUACAAAUAUGGAAGAAUUCGGCCAGAGAUACAGGGAAAAGUUCUCGGAUAGACAGGAUGACCUAACGAAAUACCUCGCCAAACCGAAAUAUCAGGCAAGGCUAAUGAACUUCAAGGAAUUUUCAUUCCUUCGUACUUCUGAUGGCCGCAGCGCAGCUAAGAAUAGCAGCUACCACUUUUUACAUCUGACCUUCCAAGAGUACUUUGCAGCGCAAUACUUUGUGCAGCACUGGCCGGACAAGCAGUUACCGCAGUUGGGAGUAAGCGCCGACGAGUUUCUCAGGAGAGAGAAAUACAACCCGCGUUUUGACAUCAUGUGGCGCUUUGUAGUCGGCCUGCUUCACGCCAAGGGGGACGCAAAAAGGUUCUUUGAGACGAUCGAGAAAGAGCCAUAUGACCUCCUUGGAUCCGCACAUCAACGUCUUGUUAAUCGUUGCCUGGAAGAAGUUGUAGAACUACAGAAGACGGCGGAUCUCAAGUUUUGGGCUGAUUUAGAAAAUUAUUUAAAGCAAAAGGAUAUUGCAACAAUGCUUGUCAGAGACGAAUGA